UUGCGUUCGCUCGCCGCCCGAGGCGCGACGCGCUGCAGCUCAACGUCGCGGUUUCCCCCCGAGGCUUCCGAGCUAAGCCUUGGUCGGAUCGAAUUGGCUGUACGGCCGUCACCCGCACCGCGGCCCAUUUGCGGUCGGAGGAAUCGGGCCCUAGCCGGCCGCCGUAGCCACCUCUCUGUAGUGGGCGGGGUCAAGGCCGGGUGACCCCCGCCGGAGCCGCCGCUGCCAGCGACAUGUUCAAGGUUUAAGGCCACAGAUCUUAAAAUCUAGAUGGUGACUGCUUUGCAGACGCCGUCACCCCGGAACCUCCCAUGCUGCCCAACCAUGGUCGGCCCUUCCGUGUUCUUUGACAUCGCCAUCGACGGUGAGCCCUUGGGCCGUGUCUCCUUCGAGGUAAUUCAGAGGUCUGUGGGGCCGGCCAGCCUGAGCCUGCUCACCUUCAAAGUCUAUGCAUCAGCAAAAAAGGACUCAUCUCACAAAGCUGCUGUGAAGGUUAAUGAGCUUUCACUCUACUCUGUUCCUGAGGGUCAGUCUAAAUAUGUGGAAGAGCCAAGGACCCAACUUGAAGAAAGCAUCUCCCAUCUCCGACAUUAUUGCGAACCAUAUACAAGUUGGUGUCAGGAAAUGUACUCCCAAACUAAGCCCAAGAUGCAAAGUUUGGUUCAGUGGGGGUUAGACAGCUAUGAAUAUCUCCAAAAUGCACCUCCUGGAUUUUUUCCAAGACUUGGUGUUAUUGGUUUUGCUGGAGUUGUUGGACUCCUUUUGGCUAGAGGUUCAAAAAUAAAGAAGCUGGUGUAUCCACCUGGUUUCAUGGGAUUAGCUGCCUCUCUUUAUUAUCCACAACAAGCCAUCGUAUUUGUCCAGGUCAGUGGGGAGAAAUUAUAUGACUGGGGUUUACGAGGAUACAUAGUCGUUGAAGAUUUGUGGAAGGAGAAUAUUCAAAAGUCGGAAAAUGUGAAGAAUUCACCCGGAAAUAAGUAGAAUACUCCAUGCUCUGCCCAUUUUAAUCAGUUAUAGGUAAACAUUGGAAACUCCAUAUGGUAAACCAGUAUUUCUACAGAAAAAUGGCAGAGAAGUUAGUAUUGAAUGUAGUAAAUUGGCAUUCUUCUUCAGGAGAAACUAUACUAGGCCUCUUUGUUAUCUUGGGUGAUGCCAUACUCCAAGUGGACUAAUCUGAAGUUCUUUCACCUAGAGAUAAUGUAUAAGCCUUAGAACUCCUUGUUCUCAUGUUGCUAUUUAUGUACAUAAUUAAAAUUC